AUGAAUGGCGGUGCAAGCUGUCCUGGUAACGACACGGAAGUGACUAAAGCUUGCUUCACACCAUGUCCAGGUAAGUGAAUGCUUUCCUCAACAAUGACUUGAGGACAAAAUGUUUUCAGUUGCUAUAUUAUUCACUUACCUAUAUAUCAAUUUUUUCAUUAAUUAUUUCUAUUUUCAGUCAAAAAGUAAAAAUCUCCGCAUCAACUAAUUCAUUUCUUCAACUUUUUAUUUAUGUGCAGUGGAUGGUGGUUUUGGCUUAUGGUCAGCUUGGUCAGCUUGCAGUGAAACGUGUGGUACUGGUACCCAGUCUAGAAGCAGACUGUGCGACAGCCCUGUUCCUGCCAAUCAAGGUCAAAAUUGCAGUGGUGACUUCGAUCAAGCCAAAAGCUGUAAACUAACAUCAUGCCCUGGUAGGAAAUUUUAAACAAGUAAUGAGUUCAGCAAUGAGAAUAACAAACUUUCAAAAAUGUAGUGGAGCACUUUAUGAGAAAGUCUUACGAAAUGUCACGCCGGUACCAACAAAGUAAUAACCAAUCAGAUUGAGGGAGAUUACAUAUCGGGGUCAAAUACUCAAAUGUAACAAAUCCGCCUCCAGCAAAUCAUGUUCAUGCUGUCGUUCUAUAGAUUCUUAAAUAAUGAAAGCACACUCAUUUGCAAUACUUAUGAAGGAUUAAUGAAGAAAAAAGAUAAAAUUCCUAUCCAGAAUCCAUCUAAAAUACAAUAUGUUCAAAUCGGGAAAAAGUCAAAUCGAAUAACAAACUGCAGCUGCUGUACGAACAUAAAAUAAUCAUCUCAUACCUCGACUCGCUUGUCAAUUCUUUUUAAUGCUGAGCGAUAAAAAUAUUUUUCCAGGUGCUGUGGACGGCGUCUUUUCAACUUGGUCUGACUGGAGCACGUGCACAGAACCCAAGUAUUGUCUUCAAGGUCACAAGACACGAACUAGAACUUGUACCAAUCCUCCCCCAGCAAAUGGCGGAGACGAGUGUGUUGGCCUCGCACAGGAAAAUAAAGAUUGUCCCACACAGGCAGAUGGAUGCUCUGGUAAGAAAAAGUUCCAGUAUAUGAACAUCGAUUUCUUUUUACAGGGAUGAUCACAUAAAUACAACAAUCAAAAUACCUCAAUUGAUGUCAAACAUUGCAGACAAUUGAAAAAAUUAAAUCGGUAUUACUAUAAUACAAAGUUGAAGAGGUUUCUAGUUAAAUUUGGAACGAGUAAGGACAACAAAUACAUAACAAUUUUCACUAACUCUACCGGCUCGUGCCAUGUUUUUGAGUCUUGAGCUUACUCAAUCGUUGAAUCGUUACCUGUAAAAAUCGCAUCGCCACGAAAACUAAAGGAAAUAAGAACAGGACCUCUUAGAAGGGUAAAAAUGGCCUCGUUGAUAGUGCGCUGUGCCUCUUAUCGCAAGGACCAUGUUCGAGGUCUAGUCACUUAAUUUAGAAAGCGUUCCAACUUGCAAAGGCUUUCUCUGCACAAGCAUGAAUUGGUAUCAGAUGAGUGAGGAGACCUGCUAAGAUGCCGAGUAUAACAAGCAUUAGUUAGCAUUCUAACCAGGAAGGAGUAGGUAAGGGUACAGUCUUUCUGCCUUAGCUUAUCCCAGUCUGUGGCAUGAUGCGAAUAGUUGCUGUAGUGCUUCUCGUUAUGAAAAGGAUGCCAGUCCUUCUUUUGUUGCAGAGGUAUAGUCAUAAAGGAUGAGUUUUCACGAAGCUCAUUGAUAGGAUGCUCAAAAUUCAUUGGGCAUCUUUCGUGUGAUUGCACCUGACCCGUGGAAUAACACCUAGAGGCCAACAUAUCAUAUGAAUCCAUAACUCUCUUCUUCUUCCGGUAAUAUGUUUGUUACUUUUAUUCUUUUCCAUAGUGCCUCAGCCGGACAAACCAGACAAAACAGCAGCAGAUCCAAAUUCCUGGAUUGGUCUCGAAUGUACGGCAACGGAAAAAUUCUCAGCUACUGGAGCUUACAAACAAAACGUGCCUUAUGCUGUAUAUUCGAGCUUUUCUUUCAUCAAAUCUGAGCUGGAGAGUGGAUGGUUUGCAAUUCUAAUCGAGCCGGACGACAAGGAUGAUUAUGGAAAGAAAAACCUCACCAAGGUUUGUGAACUGAUACACAGAAACAAGGGUUACUGGUUAAGAAACCGAUAGGCAUUAAACUACGGGUCGAUUUAAGUAUUUUAUUUAAAAAUGAGUGGCACGUGGAUUUUGUAUCCCUAGGGCUCAGUUAAGCUUUUGGGUAACCACUUUAAUAGCCACUGAAAGCACGUCGCAUACGAUCCAUUUUAGCGAGUUAUCCAUUUCUAGGCUUCUCUAAUGGAGUCAGUUCAAAAGGAUGAAAUUGUUUUGAUUGUCACGCACGCUCAGUCUUGAAAACAUUGUUAACUAUGAAUUCAUUUUUUCAUAAACCAUUCCUCUUCCCUUGACAGGUGUGUUUUGAGACAGUCGACCCGGUAACCAUUAAGAAGGUCGUCGACAACAUAGCAACCUACUACGCUCAAACCUCCGCUAUUCCAGGUUGGACCAAGACCGAUCAGGCAGAAAACGUCUUAGGUUUUUCUAUCUGGAUAGAUGAGGCGCAAGCGCUAAGAAAAUACGAGUUUCAGGUCGAUAGAUCAGCAGAAUACGUGCCCAUUUCCGGUUAUAAGAUGACGGAUGUCAGGUUAGUGCCAACGGAGUAACAUUUCAAACAAAUAAAAAUGAGGCUUCUUCGACAUUUUCGAGUAAAAACUAGAAAAAAAGGGAUGAAAGUCGAGCAGAUCGUGCCAUAAUAUUUGGCACGUUUUGAAGAUAAUGAAUCAGUGCUGAGGAAGUGCUCAAGUAUGUUUGCUGUGUUCCUGGAAUUUGAAGAUUAUAACCCAUUUCCACCCAAACAUCAGUAUGCAUACUCUCCAUACUAUUCUCCUUAGAUUUCCUAUGGUAAUGAAAAGAAGAAUUUGUUUAACAUUCAAGAGCUUCUUGAGUGGGUGGUCAUUUUCUGUAUUCUCAUAAAUUUAAAGUUUGAUUCAUUGGUGAUAAUGUAUUGAGAAAUUAAAUGCUAGUCACUGUUGGGCUUAAAGGGUUGACUCAUGAAGUGUAAACCUUGGUGCAUAGUUUGUACCUUGGUUCUGCUCUACGGAUGGAUGCAUCUCAUUCAUUCUUGCUUGACUCUCAGGUUCUCGUACUACACAGAAGGAAACUCUCAGACAUUUAAAGCUAAGGGUAGCUACACGCUGGAUACAGGAAAUGUUUUUGACACAGAAGUGAAGAAAGAUGUCAAUAGUGGUUCAGUAUACGCCAAAGGAAAGGCUGAUUCUGGUACAUUUAUGGACAUGCUGUCAUCAUUUGGUAUCAAUCCCAAUUCUCUUCCAGAUUUCUUCGUCAAUGCCCUAAAGUACGUUUCAUUCAUACUUCGACCGUUUUCUUUUCUUUUUUUUUUGAUAAAGGGGAUAAUUUGCUGAAGAACUGUUGUGCUACGUCUGUGGGGGUAUAACAAGAGAAAUUGGUUUUACAAACUGAGUUGAUAACGUACAAUCCACCAUUAACAAUUUCUAAGCUGAUGUUUCAGGCGUUAGCUCUUUGUCAGAGCCCUUUUUUAGUUACGUAUAUUUGGCUGAUUUUCAUCAUUUUCUUUUGGCAACUGCACGCCUUAAAAUCCGAGAAUAAAAUGAAAAUAUUCAUCUCUAAUACGCCGGUAUCACAAUACAUGUGAGUUAGGCACUAAAUAUCGCAAGAAAUGUUACAUGAAACCAAGAAAGAACCUGUUUAUCGGUGCAUCUCAACGUUUGGAGUGCUUUCACUGCUGAUUUCCUUUCCUUUUUGCAAAUCUUUUUUUUUUCGCGUAAAGGGGAGCAGGAUUAUGGGAUUUUACCAUGAAGCCUGUGGAGUUGCUCAGAAAAAUUGACAAAGUCGGCGUAUAUCGGUUCACUGGAUCAAUCGACGCCGGCGGCGUGCCCAUUCACGUCGAGGUCAUCACAGGAUACAGAUUUGGAAGACCAACGUUCGCUGUUGGAUUUUCAUUUGAUAGCGAAUCAUUUGGUGCAUUGUCCGAAAAACUGUCAGGAAUUGGAGUAGAUUUUCUCGAUGCCAUUGGAUUGGAGCUACAGGUAAGCUUAGUCAGAAUAACUAUGUUCAGGAUAUCAUACAACUCCCGCCAACGCUUUUAGGAUCUAUUUAGACAAUUUGGAUACUUCACUCGUUUUGAUGCUCCAAGAGUAACCGAGUCAUUAAGGGUUUGUUCUUGAUUGUCUUAAAAAUUCGAGUACGGACGAUGACAUCAAUAACAACUGCAACGACAACUACAGCAAUAAUAACAACAACAACAACAACAACAACUCAGUAACCAGACCACACACUUAAGAAGUCCUAGAAUAUUAAUCUAAUUCAAUCAAAAAGGCAGCGCGCUUCGAAUUGAUACAGUUAAAUCUAUGGUGUCCUAAGUCGCUGAAGUAGCAAAUUAAGGACGAUUUUCAUACUUUUAGGUUAGUAUUUGAAAAAUCACAACGCUGCUGGCUUAACAAUUUCACACAGUAUUUACUCUCUAGUGAUCAAGAAUAUUCCUUCAAACCCUGCGUCUUUUAGUCAUAAAAGCAGUUUUCGUUAUGUCCGCGUUCUUUUUUUUUUUGAGUAAAAGAAAAGCAUAGCACACAUUUCAGUUCCUACGAAGACAAAGAUGAUUACUGAUGCAAACUCCAAAGAGGAAAGGAAUUCAAAACACGCUGUUGAACUCGUUGAUGGAAAUUAAGGGGGUAAAAUAAAAUCGAUUAAAAAAAAAUGACCACAUCCAUUUUGAAUGGUCUUUUCUGUUGUAACCUUGUCUUUGAUUCAGAAGCACUGCAUUAUUAUUAUUACCUUUUUUAUCGCCAAGUUCAUACUUGAGGUAACCAUAUGAAGCAUUGAUUUCCUAUCCAGUUGAUAGAAAUGUUUCCUUCCUUCAGAUUGGAGUAUCUUUUCACCCAACUGAGGAGAUAGGAUUUCAGCAAAUCGUGACAGACGACGAGACUAAGUAUUCCAAAGAGCCCCUCCACACUCAAGUGACAACCACUGUUCCAAAAGGUUAGUACUACCUACAAGAGCCAUUUUCAAUCAUAUUUUCAAAGUAAUCCGUUGUAUUUUUGUGAUUAUGGUCCACAAAUCUCACGCCAUUCUCUUACCAAAUCAGACGCAAAACCAAAAUCAAUCAUGACUUUUCCUGCGUUUUUGGUGGUUUGCCUAUUUUUAGUUUGAGAGCUCAUUAGUAAAUAAAGAUGUAAACCUUUGUUAUGGUUGUCCGUCGUGAUUACUUUGGUUUUGGUUUUUCGAUUGUCAGUUGAAAACUGCUCUUCAAGACUUCUAGUCUAAGAUGUGGUAAUUAAACCUUUACAUCUAUCCACCACUUCCUUCUUCCUCAAAUCUCAGAGGUGAUUGACGUGAAACGAUAUUAGUUGCAUGGAGCCCAAACUGAGGCAUUAUCGUUUUUCUUAUGCUGGAGUCACUCCCAAUGUGAAUUCGAACCAUAGUGCCGAGUUAUUAACAUUGUGAAAAGGACGAUGACUCUUCUUAACUGAUGUAUUUACCACGAUGAAUACCAUACUCUUAGUUAUGUGAUUUAAGUUUGUCCCGCUUGGUUUUUUUCUCUAUUUUUGUUCCAUUCCUUACAUGUGUUUUCGUUCCAUUCUUUUUUAUUCAAUGCUAAUUAAUCGGGGCAUUUGGUAUCACUCACACAUUGCUAAUAUUUUAAAAUCUAUCUUUACAGGGAUCUUUGCAGCAGCACAGCUGGUUCUACCGAAAGAUUGCAAAAGUAACAAAAUGUGCGAAAUCUCUAAGAUGAUCCUAGGCCCCACAGUACAGUUUUACAUCACUGGUCAGUUUGAGUGGAAGAAAAUACGAAUAGCCACAGGCUUUGCUAAUAUCCGACUUUGGGAUGGGCUUUACUUCCAUAAGCUAGAACUCUACGUAGAGGUAAGAACUGACCUUAAAUAAUUUUGUAAAGUUCAAACAAAAUUGUUCUAUGACCGACAUAUCUAUAGAGAAUGCUGCUGUAUUGUUUUAUACAAACGUAUCAGCUAAAAAAUCCAUCCCAUGGCGGACACCCAGGGUCAUCCAUUUGAAUCGAAUGAUCAAAUGCAAAAAAAACAACCAUUGGUCUUGAAAUGAAUCUGCACCAAGGAUUAAAAGGAGUUGUGAUUCGCCGGUUUCUCUUCGUUUUAAUUUUUCGUUGUACAUGUAUUUUCAUUUUUUAGGCAGAUUGGAACGAGACAACAAAGCAUAUCAAGUUGGGAUUCCGCGCGGAUAUUAAAGUACCUGUAAAUGGGGAAAUUGAACGUGACGGUAUCAUAGCGCCUAACAACGAACUGUUUUUGUUUGGUGUAUUGGAAUACGACUUCUUACAAACACAAGUUGCUGGAAAGCUGGGAAUGCGUGGCAUGUGGAGAAAAGCUUACACCAUUCCUUGGCUCUCAUUUGGAAACAUCUUCGUUGGGUAAGUUGUAUUGAAAAAUUAAUUACUUUUGAUGGAGCCAGCUAUGCUUGGCAGUGAGAAAAAAAAUCACUUGUAUGCUCCCAGAAUGGUUACAUCUUUUUUUUUAACAACGACCACAAUCUGCAUAUGAGAAUCUAUCCGACUAUCGAAGUUAUUGCGUUCAUACAGGAUAUCCUUAAAAUCUUUCGGUAAAAAAACCUACAAAGCCACAAAAACGCUCAUGGCGUGGAAACCUACACCCUAAAUGUUUCUUUAGUGGUGUUCUAAACUGUAUGCAAAUACAGCAAAUUAUUUAACGACCGAGGAAUGAUAAUGAGAUAAGUGAUAAGUUUAUUAUUACUUUUCACCCAAACGUGGGACAAAGAAGAAAGGUCUUGGCUUCCCUCAAGACAUCGCGUCUUGAUUUCGCGAUCUCAUAUUCGACCCUUGAGCGCCAGACAACUCGAUUGUGAGUUAAGCCACUGUAACGUAGUUCCUAGCAAGCGUUCGGCAUACUCUUAGGAGCAGAAACAUUGAAAUCAUCAAGUGCGCAAAUAGAAUAGUUUCCUUAUUUGUAAACUGGCUCACCUAAUCUCUGGUAAUCCCGUUCACUGACCGUGAUCUGCAGCGACAAAAGUGUUACUCCACUGCCUGCCUUUGGCCAGUUGUUUUAAUGCCUUUCUCUGCAAGUCUCAGUAGAGUGCCAACAUGUAUUUUUUAACCAACCAUGCUAAAGCCAGCCUAAGGCUGUCAAGUAAAAUGAUCUCGUGGUGUUAAAAUAAUUUCCCCCAAUGUUACUUCCUCGCUUAACUAGAUCGCCUCGGUUGUUCUUUGUUUUCUUAUGAAGCCCAGCCUGCUAUGAACAGCACUCUUUGAUUUCGAUCGGUAGGUUGACGUAUAAGGUCGGCGCGCCAAUACCCGUCACUGGUGUACAGUUUGGAGCUCGAGUCGAAUUUGGAGUCGACUGUCUGAUACCAGCGGAUUUUAACAACGACGUAAGUAAAAUACAUAAGAGUGUACACAAUUUCCUCAGAGUCUUUACACAAUUUGAAGCUAUACUCUUUUUCUGAGUAGACAUUACAAUCUUUCUUUAAAAAAACUAAAAAAUUUCGGGCUUCGAUGGCAUUCGACCAGGUGCCUCCAAGAGACAAAAUACACACUGUCACCAAUUGUGCCAGGAAGCAGCGAGAUGGCAGUAGACCCAAACUGGUAUUGAGAUGUACAGGUUCGAAUCCCGUCAAAGCCUGAAAAAUUCAGGCUUGUUCGCAAAACGCCAAAAAUCAAUCCCAAAAGCUGGGUCAAUUGUCCGAGAAACAGGUUUCGUUUCAUUUUGUGAAAUAUCGUUAAAAAAACAUCUGUUAUUUGACGAUAUGGUUUGAAUAUUUCCAACACAACCAUUGGCUACUCCAGAUUCAAAUAAUUCAUAUUUUGUGUAUCACUUAGGGUCACUGCUUUGGUGGUAGCGCAUACAUCGGUGUCGGUGAACCACAGUUCUUCUAUGCAUCUAUUACCGCCCUAACCUUGGGAAAGAUAAUAAGGCUUCUAGGGUUCACCUUUCAACUUCCACCCCCAGUCGCAGAAUCGGGUUUUCCGGAAGGAGCUGAGGUGAGUCGACUCAUCUAAAAGAAGUUUUAUAAGGAUAUUUCGAGUAGAUUCUAUAGUUAUAGAUUUUGCAAAUCGCCUUCAUUCAUAUUUUGUCCGUAGGAAUUAUUGUUUCGUCUAAUUUCUCCAAAAAUGCUUUGUUUUAUUAUUAACUAACUUAAUUUUUUGGUAUAACUAGUUGAGUAGUUUAGACUUGUUUUAUCAUUUGAAACGCAACGUUUUCCUAUCAUUCGAAAAAAGAGUUAAUUUUGAGUCUGAGCAUAAUGGCACGACUUUAACAACUUUUUCAUGAAUCAUAUUCGUUCACAAAGGAAAUAUUUUCGUUUAACCCCGCAAACAGCUGACAGCAAACAGCAAGAAAUUAAAUUCCUUGCCUGAAAACAUUUGCUCAAUUGACACUUUCGACCAAAUCAAAGUAAAGUCUCAGCCAAUGACCUUACAUUGUAUUAUAGGUUGAUGAUGAGAAUUCAGUUUUAGAUUAACCCUAUAUAAAUAGCUCCCAUGAGUGAUCAAGACAGAAUUUCUCCUUAAAAUAUCAAUACAGUGUCGUGUAAACCAGUAAUAAGAACAAAGGAAACUAUAAGUUGGGGGAUUAUUGGUUGAUCUGAGAAAAACUUCGCCAAACGAUCAUCAUAACAAUUGUAUGGCAGACAGUAAGGAGAAUUGCUGAAAACAUCUUGGGAGUGAAAGGGAUGAUACCCCAGUAAACGGUCAUUGUUAAUACAUUAAAGCAGAAGUAUAAUCAAUCUGUGAAAUUUCAGUGCGACGUUUCAAUAUUUUCAGGGUUCGUAUUCUACCGCUGACGUUGAUUUGCGUAUCGCUGGUGGACCAUACAUUUACGAAGGAUUCAUGAUCAAAGGACGGGUCAACAUCCUCGGAUGGGAAAUAUACGCUCACGUCAAAUUGUCAUCAAACGUUAGUUAAUUAUUUCUUGAUAUUAUUUAUUCAUUCGCGACAUUUAGACAGGCUGGCCCAGUUCAGCUUAAAGCUGUGUUAAAUAGGGGCCUAAAAAUAACAAAGCCAAACCACAACACCAGGAGUACGUUUCAGAACCCUUUGCGGGAGGUGGUAGGUUCAUUUACGUCCCAUGCUAACAAGUACAGAGAACAUGAAGGCAAAGGGGCUUAAAGUUUAUCGCAUGGCAGUCAGGCGCUCUACAAGAAAACCAACUAUUUAAGAUAACGAAGAAAGAAGACUAAAAAAGUUUAUACACUUAUACCAGUACUGCGCUUUCAAGAUAACGUAGAAAUUUGUAGACUAACUUGUACUUUCGAAAUCCGGCACAUGGAGGAUAGAACUUGUUUCAAUUUUUCCUAAGGUGCUCCUUGAAGAUUUCUCGGCUCUACUUCCACCGAGCCUCGUUCCAUAACCCUAAAGGAAAGAUUAAAUUGGAUGUUAGCAUGUUUUUUGCUAAAAAUCUCGUUCACACGAUUUUUGUACAAAGAGAUCUUCAAAUUCUUUCUUAGGAAACUUUCAACUUCCGUUUUCUAUAUAUCAAAUACCCUUUGCCAUAUUAACUAAGGUUAGAGUAUUGUUCCAGGUCGUUUUUGUGGACUUGAAGCCUGACCCAAUAGAUUUCUUCGGUAUAGCUACAAUAACUCGCAGCCCAUCAGACAGCGAAAAUGGACCUUGGUUCUAUGUGGAUGCCAGGAAGAAUCCACCUUUUAUUGAGGUAAGUACUUUCUCCAUCACGAACUAAGGGCCAGAUUAUUCAACAAACUUCGGCCUUUAGCCAAACAGUUACACAAACGAAUGAAGGGGGGGAGGGGGUAAGUAUCUAAAGGAACUGUGGUGCUCAGUCGGUGGGUGAUAUUACAAGAUAAAUAUUUUCUAUCAGCUGAAUUGAUAAUGUAAACUGGCUGCUGUAAAGACUUUCUAUAGCUGACGUUUCUGCUUGAUCUUUUCACGCAGGCGUAUGUCGAGGGUUACACAUCGAUGUUGGGAAUUUCAACUUAUUGUCGCCUGAACCUAACAAUGACUCGCAUGGAGCUGCUGAUCCAAGGAAAUUUCCUGAACCUUAUAAAAGCGGAAGUAUUUUUGUCAGCAAGUUACUCUUUAAGCUUCGCUUCGGCCUCGUUUUAUGUUAGAGUCACAGUGGACUUGAGCGGAAUUAACGAUGUAAGUGGCAUUACUCCUCACCUAAUCUGUAACUUGUGCAUCGCACUAUAAAAAUGUAAUUUUAUUUGUUUGCUAUUCAGGAUUUUUUGUAGAUUAAAUAUUUUAAUCAGGUCAUAGGUUCAAACCAUUAACAUGAACUGUUACACUACUUUGACUUAAGUGGGAGACGCGACCUUAUAGUUCCUGCGCUGGAGUGCGAGUUGAGAGGUCUGGGUUUGAGACCUGGCUGGUUCAUUGUAUUGUGUUCCAGGGUGAGACCCCUAAUUCUCAGAGUGCUUCUCCUUACCUAAGAGUAAUACUGGGUUCUGACGAAUUGUCAGGAAAGCCUGAUGAAAUUCUGUGGCCCUAACCUUGUCAUUCCAUCAGCAGUGGAAUAGUAUUACACAAGGCGCUAAAUGCUAUUGAAACUCAGAUAAGCUCCGGUUGGAUGAGUCACUCGGCUGCAGUAAGACUUAACCUAAAUUUAGUUUAACUUACGCUUCAUCAGCCCAUGCUCAUUAGUUGCAAUCAUCUGUCAGGCUUUAGACGCAGCUGCCAAAUCAGUAAAAGAAGCCUUCGAUGCAGCAGAGAAAGCUUUAGCUGAUGCCAGAAAAUCUGUUGUCGAGAAGAAAGAGGAAUGUAAAAGAAAAAUGUCUCUCAAAUGUGACAACUGUAAAAGUCUUAAAUGCAAACAAGCUGAAAAAAAUUGCAAAGGAUUUUUGGAUGAGGCAGGCAAAUGGAUCGGCGGGGUUGUUGAUGCUGCCGGUAAGUUCAGUUCAGAUAAAAUUUAGAUUAGGAAUGUAAAAUAGCACUUAUCAGCUGCUCUCCUUCAUGUAAAAGCUUUACUAAAGCAACUUUUUCAUUGUUAUUAUUAUUAUUAUGAUUAUUAUUAUUAUUAUUAUUAUUAUCAUUUUUAUAAUGCAAACACCAUUUACGAUAAAAUAUAACUUAAAAUACCAGCAAUAGUACCAAUACUUACAUUCCUUUCUUCAUUCUUAUCAUUCUUAGUUCAAAAUUACAUUACAACAGUUAUAUUCUAACCCUAAAUUAGAGCAAAUACGAGAACGCGCACAACAAGUUUCACCGGUCAGCUCUUUAACGUGGACACAGGCUUAGGUUUCGAUAUCUACAUCCAAGCCCAUUUUUUUAUCUUCUAGGAAAAUGGGUUAAGAAGACUUUCAAAAAGAUUGGCAAGGCUUUGGCCCCGGUGAGUAAUUGUAACUGUUGCCUGGGUUUCUAAUUAAUUGGUUGCUGGCUAUGAAAGUGCUUCUUCUCACAACACAUUUUAACCAAGUUAUCUUAUGAAUUUUUGAAACUUUGAAACUCAAUUGCCAUAGCAAUUCUUUUAUCCAUUAUAGUAAGUUUCUCUUCAUCGAAAAGGUAAGUUAACUUACAAUGGAACGAGUGUUUAAAUAUGAAGAACACAGUCUCGCGGAAACGUCAUGUGACAGGCAUCUAAUACCUCCCACAAAGGAAGUCAUAGGAUCUCAUAAUUACAUGGUUGUAGUUCUUGGUCUGACAAGUUAUGAAUGCUUUUUGAACGCGUCGUUAUAAAUUUAUUGGUAUUGAAUUAGGCUAUAAUUAUGUCAUAUCUGUUCAAAUUAGGUUGGAAAGGCGAUCAAAAAAGUGUUCAAAGGUUGGAGAAAGAAGCGAGAGUUGGAUAACAUUCGUAAUGAACAGUUCGCCAUCCAUCUUCGCCGUCGCCGGUUUAUCAGCAAAGUUAUUUGCGAAGGACUCGUUGGUGGUGGAUGCUCAGGUUGGUGGUCUUCUCGUUAAAGCAGUAGACACACAUGUGCAUUAAAGAUUUGGUGUCUCGGGUUAUUGUGUAAGAAGACGUAGCAUCGACGAAUCACUAUGAACAGGUUAUUUACAAGAGGUCUGGCCCAAAUUGUGGUUUUACGCAAGCGGUGGGCUUUACGUAUUCUCUAUGAGAGGGUUGUUCUCAUUAAAUGAUUGCCCUUCCACUGCCAGCUCUCGGCCCUCUUGACACUUCAAAAAAAAUUAAUGUUCCGAUAAAAGAUUCAGCUAACUUCAAGAUAGUUUAAAACGCGGUUUUGUCAACGACAUUUGCUGAAUCAAACUAUUUUUCACGAUCACAACUGCUUUCUGUUGCCAGCGGUUUCAAGCCUGUGCGAGGGAACAUGCAAACUAGUGGAACAUUUAGCAAAGGGUCUGUGUAACGUGCUCGACGUUGCUAUUGGUUUUCUGAAGUUGACUGAGGCUGCCACUAGAUGGGUCGGAAAGGCUAUCAAUUUCAUUUUAACGGCAUUUAGAGUAAAGAGGUAAGAAUGGUUUCCAAUGCUAUAGUAUCCAUCUGUCUAUCUAUAUAUCUACCUAUCUACCUACUUAUCUAUAUAACUUUUUAUCUAUCUGUCUAUCUAUCGAUCUUUCUACCUGCCUAUCUGUUUAUCUGUCUAUCUAUCGAUCUAUCUGUCUAUCUAGCUGUAUGUUUGACUAUAUAACUUUAUAUCUAUCCGUCUAUCUAUCCAUCUUUCUAUCUGUCUAUCUUCUAUCUCUAUCCAUUUAUCUAUCUAUCUAUCUGUCUAUCUAACUUUGUAUCUGUCUGUAUCUUUAUCUGUAUGUGUCUGUUUACCUUGUCAUCUCUUUAUUGAUUUAUUGAACCAUUAGAUCAUAAUUUUCGACGUUCUCAAUCAUUUAUCUCCUCACUUUUAUACCCAUCAGUAUCUUGAUUGAAUUUACACUGUCUGCUUACGCCUCGGGUGGAUAUCCUGACAUGAUAUUCACGGCCGGUGUUGACUUGGUCAUAUUUGGAAAGGAUCUCUUCCUUGCUGUUAGCUUCAACCUUCGAGAUCCAGUGGGAAGCCUAAGGGCGACAUCUGAUAAAUCAACAGAAUGGUACAAAGACAAAACGAAUCAGAAGGACGCCACAGACACUGAGACAGACUAUUACAACUCCCCGAACCCGUUUGUUGACCUCGAAAUGUCAGGUGUGUACUCGUGGAUUUAAUUUUACCCUUUUGGACCAUAAUAGUGACCAGUACUUUAUUCCUCUAUAUAAUCAAACAUUAAAGCCACGAAAUUAAGUAAAUGAUCACCAACCAAAGACGCUCUUGAUUAUUGAUCAAAUUCUCCUUGUUAGCAUCUUAGAAAAUGUAUAGAGAGCAUUAUGGAGAAUAUGCAUACUGAUGUAAGGGUGUAAAGGGUUAACUCUACAUUUUACACGACUUCUCUUCAUGUACAUCAAAACUUAAAAGAAUCCCAAGUUUCGUUCGUGAAAUGUUUGAAAACAAAUGAGAACAUGCCACUAGCCAAUGAGAUUUAAAGCUACCUUGCAAACAUAGAAAAAACUCAAAAGAGCAAAUUGCCUAGGUUCAUCUUGAAAACUAAAACAGAAGAAAUUAAACGUUCUAGAGGAUACGUCUUCGUUAACCAAAUUAAUAGACAAAACUUGCCAUGCACUAUAAUGUGGAAAAUUUAGUUAGCCAUCCCUGCUCGUUAUCCAUCAAUUACUUACCAAGUCCUAUGUUUCCUAUCCUUCCCAGAGCAAUUCUUGAUCGAAAACCAGCAAUCAGCAACUGAUGAUAUUUUCGGUCCUUGUUUGUACGUGGACUCAAAGGACGAUGGUGCCCUUAUCAAAGUAACGGGCUGCAACGAAACUGAUGAGAGACAGAAUUGGGCUUAUACCCUUAAAGGACAAAUCCAGGUUUGUAGUCUCGCAUUGCGACUAUAAACUUAAUACUCAAAUACUCCUUCAAUGUCUUCAAUCAGAAUUUUUGGUAUGUUUUUUCAUAGUUAGCAGGGAUGACUGGCUAAGAAAUCUGUUAAAAUUCAGAGACAAAACAACAUUGUCAAAAUCUAUAUCGGGAUAUUUCUGACCAAUCGCAUUAUUUGUAGUUUACUUUUGUGUUCUAUCAUUCAUCUCGACUAAAUAUGAGUAUUUGUCAGUAAAAUUGACUUAAUGUAUGCUGUUAGCACCUUGAUUAUUCAUCAUGAAUUGCAUUUUCGCAAUUUUUGUUUACUUAAUAGAACACUUGGUCUGAUUUGUGUAUCGAUACAAACGGAGCCUCUCAGGGAUCGAAGCUGAUACAAACUAAAUGUGACCCGGCCCAAGACGAUCAGAAUUUCCAGUGUGACUUGGCAGUUAGAAGUAUCAAAAGACGAAGAGCUAAUCAGUGCUGGACUCUCGGUAAGUGACAUACUAAUUCAACUGAAACAGCCGCGUGUCUAAGGAAACCUCCGUUGAACGUUUAUUAUAUAGCUUACAUUUGGAGACAGAUGCACAGAGGAAAAUCUUCCCAACACAACGGGUUUCCAUCCACUGUGAAAGAAAAUAAAAAAAAAUGUUUUUCUCAACCCACCGUCCAUGCCGUAACCCGAUUAGCUCUUGCGACAGAGCAAGAUGUUUCGAAUUUAAAAUGACUGAGCAGACUUGAUAUGAGUUUCCUUUCCGAAAAAACUUUCUCCAGAAUCAAGACACGCCAAGGGCUAUAGGUCGUAAGGUUUCGUCUCCCACUUAUCCAUUGUUCAGGAGGGGACGUUAACCGAAAGAAUUGGAAGUUAAACUAAAGUGUUGUUUCCAAUACCGCUUCUUCAGGUUUGGUCUUCGCUAAAUUGGGCUAUGCUUACUAAAUCAAAGCUACACAUGUCUUACUUUCUUUAUUUUAUUUUCUUUAAUAUUUAUUAAUUAUUGGUUUACUUAUAUGCUUAACCACCUUUUGUUUUUCGAAGGCACCACGAGUCUUGACGGACCAGGUUCGUUAGUUCACCUCGGUUCACUCAAAUGCAUCCACCCAAGCGGUGGUGGAACUAAUGUUGUUGAAGGAAACAAGCUAGUGAUCUACGCUGGAUGCAGUGAGAGCAGGUGAUAAUUUUAUCUUUUUUUUUAUAGCUCAUAAAGCUCACACGUCACAAUCGGAAGCGAGCACAGCAAAACUGAAUUAUCCGCGAAACACUAAAAGGAAAUUUUUAAACUGACGUAAGCCAGAAGAGCCUUAUCUUAAUCACAGAAAUAAAAAAUCACUCAAAGUUAGUUAUCUCAGCUGGGCACCGCUGGCCCCCAGCCCCUCCCCCAAAAUUCUGAAGAUACUGGUACUACGCUCAUCAGGAAAAUAUACAACCGGCGCAGGAUCAAUUGUUUUCAAGCGGGUUCAAUCUGCGUUAAAUAUAAAUGUUUAUGUUCUUUUACCAGAUUGGAGUUUGUUUUAGACAACGGCAAUCUUAAACAUACCCUGAGCGGGAAAUGUGUGCAGCCAAUGGGAGCAAUUGCAGAUGGUGUGGCCCUUGGUUUAUAUUCAUCAUGUGGGGGACAUCAGUUUAGUUUCACUACAGGAGGAUCCCUUCAACACGUCGGUAGCAAAAAAUGUGUGAACACGAAAUCAGGGGUAUGUCAAACAUUUUACUUUUAACGGAUUUUUUCAAAGUUUAUCAGCGCAAGGGGCAAUGGUAGCUUUCUAUUACAUGCUCCUGUAAGGAGGAGUACAGGGGACUUCCAUGCCCUUUCUUGCUGCAUUCAGACCCUGGUAUAUGGUCCGAAACUGAAAACUAACAACAAUAAUAAUAAUAAUAAUUACGAUGAUUUCCUUUUUAAACGCGAUGAGGAUUUGAGCUUUGCAGCUUGUGGGGUCGCAUUUAUAUACAUAAAUGAAUAGAUGGUUGCCUAGACAAUAAUUUUAAGGUAAGGCCUAGAAAACUACCUUACAAUAUACGAUCGUAAAAUAAGUAUCUACAAUGUAAGGUCCUAUAAAAUGUUCAAAUUUAUGAUUAAUAAUUUACUUAGCUGAUGAUAUUUUUUAGCUGGAACCUUCUUAUAUGUAUCAACUGAACUUGCAGGCUGUAUCAAAACAGUAAUCUGUUGCAAAAUAGUUGAACUGCAGCGCUGCUGAAACAUUCAGUGUUAACAGUAGAAUAAUAAGGGACGAUCCAUUUUCGUCGCAUCCUGUUUGCAUAAGGGCGCCUAUAAACCCUCUCUUCCAGCUGAAUGAAUAUACUACAUUACUUGGUGGAUUUACAUGAGCCAAUGACAAGCGAUUAUGACUUAUUUAACUAUUAUUGUGCAACUGUUAUAUUUAAGGUUAUGCUUCCAGCAAAUUCAGAUGAAAUUGUUUUGUCCAGCAACUGUGAAAACAGUGCCGUCACCGUCAAUAAAGAACAUCUCAAGUUUAGCUUCAUACCAAGUAAGAUGUUUUUCUUUUGCAGCAAGUCAGGACAUUCGUGCAUUUCUGUUGCGCAUCUCUUCGUGUACGCACACGCUGGUCAAUAAUUAGCUGUGGACUUUUUUAUUGGAUAACUUCAUGUCCUGUUCAAUCAGUCUUAAAAGCCUUUGUCGCCUUUACAGUUGUUGCAAUGAGAUAGGAUAAAGGAAAAUCGGGCCAAUCAAUGUACGGCCAAAAGCAUAAAAUCGAGUAGAAUGUUAGAAAAGUGACAAAAGGCAGAAAGUAUUGAGAUUCUUUAUUGAUCAUGCGACAUGCAACACAAAAAAGAUAAAUUACCUUUCGUCUUAAUCAUCUCUUCACAGCUGAUCCUUAUAUUCACUUGGACAAAUGUGGAUAUUUUGACGCUGCCCGUCUCGACCAGAGAUUUGAGGUCAUGGAUGAAUCAAUUUUAAGCAUUUGUAGCAAGUUCUCCAAAAGUAAGUGGCAGAUGAAUUUAACGAAUUACUUAACGUUCUACCCCCUACUAAAUCUCGCCAAUAUCACAACGUAUUUCUCGCUCGAGAUGAAUGCCCUAUCACAUUUUAAAUAUCGAGGUGCAUCGUUCAAUUUUUUUUUAAUUGACAAAAUCAAAACUGCAGAAACCAGUAUUAGUAAGAUAGGUUCCGAGCGCUGUACAUAAAAGUUCACAGCAAAGAUCUCUUUUGUUUCAUUUGAUAAAACUUAUGGAGGUUAUUUGGAGCUUUUUAUCUGGCUUUUGGGUCAUUUUUUUGAAAACUGGUUUGGUGAGUACAACUUGUGUUAAUUCCCUUCUGGUUUGCCGACUAGAUCUUGCCUACAAGAAGACAACUGAGCAAUCAAGUACUAAUUACAACGGAUUCAGCAGCAGAGCUGUAGAUGAGGUGUACACACCUUACUAUGACAGUAAAUCGUGCAUGCACACCAAGAAAGAACAAAAUCCAUGGUGGAGAGUUGAUCUUGGACGAGAAUACAUUGUAACGGGUAUGUCCUGAUGUUUGUUGGAGUAAUGGCAUGUAUAGCUGUCUCUAGUGACAAAGCUCAUUGCCAUUGAUGGUUUUAAUGGUUAUUUCUCUACAUUUUUUUGAAGCUUUUAUAUCCGAAGUUAGUCCGCUGCCAUAAAUAAAAUUAAAUUCUCAGCUCCUCGAUAUGGUUUUGUAGGGAGCGGAGAUACUACUCCUUGAAGCCGCUUUCUCCAUGCUUCACCAUAGAACAGUCGUAAAUUAAAAUAAAUUAUCAAAAUUCUAAAGCACGAUUUCAAUAUCUGCCCCUUUUACCUUUCAGACGUGAUGAUCGUAAAUCGUUAUUACGACUUCGAGAAACUCACGAACUUUGAUGUCAGAGUUGGAGUCAACAAAGACAAUCUGCAGAACCCCACAUGUAGUGACCGCGUGAGGACUGUGGGCCAGGGACAAGCUCUGCGGCUUCAGUGCGAUCCACCAAUCCCUGGACGUUAUGUUUCUGUUCAGAUGUUUGGAGAAGGAGAACUUUCAAUGUGUGAAGUAACAGUUUACUCCAGAGUCGGUGAGUGUGUUGAAAUUAUUUAGUGAAGACAGGACGUAUUUUAAAGUUGACUGUACUAGUAAUUCACUAUUAAAAGCAGAUUUCUAGCUCACAGAUCGAUGUGUUUGUGUGCAUAGUUUUGGAAUCUUUCAGAAGGAUAAUGUGACAGCAGUGUUUUGAGGAAAAGAAGGACUCAUCUAGAAUAAAAUUACAAGGAUAGCACGACAUCAUGAAAUCUGAGUAUCUGGAUCAUCGCUAGGGUUGUAUAUGAUUAGUUCUAUUAUUACAUGCAAAGCCAUUGUGAUACCACGAAACUAUCGCGUCUAGAGAACUUGCCAAGAUUAUUUCUCUCUAGCAGAGUAAAUGAACCAAACAAAAAUCAGGGAACAACGUUUUUCUAUCUGCUUCAACCCUCAAGUGAUCAUCGUGUAUCCUCUUCUUGAAAUUCUAACACUCUCUGACAAACAAUUUGUAAGAAUAUGAAAAGUUGUAGUCUUGAAAUAAGUGCAAAAACUAUCUUGACUCAACUAAUCUACAAGUUAAAGUAUGUAUAACACUUAGCUGUGAGUGAGAAACAAACAUGCGGCUUAUGGAAAGCGAGUCAUACGGUUAAUGUAGGUUGGCUUUUUCUGAUUUUUUGGCUUGUUUUCGAAGAACUUAUAAAUCUAUCUAUUUUAUUUGUCUUUUCCACAUUUCCAGGUGUCAUGGCGGAUCUUUGUCAACUGGACAAUGGCGGCUGCUCACAGGUUUGUUAUAACCUGUGUAACCUGAAAGUCCAAUGUGGCUGUUGGCCUGGUUACACUCUGGCUUACGAUAGCAAAACAUGUAUAGGUGAGUGAGCGCUGUAAAACUACAAAUGAUAAAAGAUAAAAAGAUAAAACUACAAAUGAUAAAAGAUAAAAAUAAUCGUCAAAUAAUAGAUAAGGCAUAGGCUUAAAAAAGGAUGUUAUUGUUUAACAGCUUUGAGUUAGUUAGAUCCUCUAGAGCAAGAUUAUUAGAAUUAAUGAGAAUUUCGAACGUUUUAAAGCCUUUUCUAAAAACUCAACCAAUAUAGAAAAUAACCUCGGGUAUCCAUUGGCCGUCCGUUGAGGAACUCCUUAACAAGUGUUAGAUGCUUUAGGCUAUCUGCUCUUUCAUCUAAUUCAUUUCGGUGGAAACCUGCUCAUAGGUGCUAAAACACAGAGGCACGUGCAGGUCACUUUUUUUACGUUUUACGGCAAACAGAUACCCAAUUUUAGCAUUUUCGUAAAAUCUGCGUCCUAAGAAAUCAUGAGCGUCAAAUUAAUUUCGUUGGGUUGCACCUGUCCAAGGAUUUAAAUAUUCAUUCUUUUUUUAACCCUUAGACAAGGAUGAAUGUCAAACGAACAACGGUGGCUGCGAUAUCGCUAACGGACUGUGUGUCAACACUCCAGGAAGUUAUCAUUGCAGAUGUAAACUUGGAUACCAACUACAAGAAAACAGCGAAGUCACGUGCGAAGGUAAAAAAAAUCAUAUACAAUGUGCGUUAAUCGACUUUUAUUGUAACAUUAUGGACGCCUGAAGCAGGUAUCAAAGAUACUCGUGUUUACACAAGGAAUAAUGAAUUUGUAAACUGAGGCCGUUAGUAACGGCAUUCAAAAAUCGGAAUGGAGGAUUUCAAAGUUAAACGAUGUUUGAGUAUCAAAGGUGACAAUUUUCUCCUUCAAGUACUUUUUGAUUGAGAACCGUGAAACCAAAGCCAAAUUAUCCCAAUGGUUGAGAAGGAAGCGCAAGUUUUACUUGACCAAUCAUACAACGUUGCAAAACUGAAGCAAUCUUUACUUAGUUUGACCCUCGAAGGAAAACUGCAUUAUGUUGAUGAUUGAAUUUAUUUUUCUAUUAGAUUUCAACGAAUGUCAACUGAACAACGCGGGCUGUGAACACAUUUGUGCCAACAGUGAAGGCAGCUAUAACUGUGAUUGUAGAAAAGGGUUCAAACUGAAGGAUGAUAAAUUUGGAUGUGAAGGUAAAUUUGGGAUAAGAUCCUUGUUUGCAUUGGAAAAAAAACCAACAAGAAUACGUUAAUGCUUUUAGCAUUAUCACAAACGAUUCGGUUAAUGAUAAGCAUUAUGUAUUGAUCAGUGAUGGGUGGGUUGGGCGAAAGUUGGAAUGAAUCGAAGGUAUGCUUCUUUCUUCUUUUCGUUUUUUUUUUUUUUUUAGUUUAAAGCGGCACUUGAACCCAAGCGUGAAGCGUGUUUAAAGCUAAUGGCAGACAUGAAUUAUUGUUAGUUGUGUUGUACAGAUUUAAGAACUGGUUUAAUUUCAUGUUUACGAUCUAAGCAAUACAAGCGGCAGCUGCGUUUCGGGUUUCCUAACCCUAACCUCCCAAGUUUUCUAAACUGCAAAUGGCAAUUUCAACUUAGUGAGCAUUUCUGGCUUGAUCUUCUUUCCGUAGAUAUUGACGAGUGUGCGGAGGCAGAUCAGGGAGGCUGUGAAACGAAAUGUUCAAAUUACGAGGGUGGAUAUUACUGUACCUGUGAUGUUGGAUACAGACUAAGAGACGACGGAAAGACUUGCGAAGGUAAACACGAGUUGUGUUUCACUGAGCUAUAAUUUUCACAAAUCUUAUAGCCCCAUAUUGUCGUUUGUUGCUAUUUCUGUUGCUGUCGUUCAAUUUCUUGUUGUCGCGUUUUUCUUUUUUGUGUGGAUGUUAACGUACCCAUUAGAAUUAUUAUUGUCGUAAUAAAUCAUUAUCAUCAUCGUCAUCAUUAUCAAAAUCGUCCGUAUUCUUUCGUUUUCCUUGCCUUCUUUCUAAUUCGCGAUCGCUUUCAGGAAAAUUGCAGUUGUUAGUGCUAGAGUUACAAACCUAUCAAAUGUGUGGUACUGCCUCAAACUAGUAGCAGUUUGGUAGAUAUAGUGUUUAGCAAUUUUCUCUAUUCGUUACUAACAUAAUUCCUUUUUUUUCUUAUUCAUUUAUCUUAGCUCGUUUUAUGUUUAAAUACCAUGCAAAGAAAUGCUAUUAUCUUUAGGUUCAUACUGAAAAAAAAAAGUCGAAAAUUUCGAAGCGUCUCUUUUUUAAGGCCACAGGCAUUUAUAAUUUUAAGGCGUGAAAAAAGAAAUGGCCUAAUAAUGUAGGUCUGCUGAAGUAUACCAUUGUUAUCCGGGAAAACCCAGAACAAGCUACAAAUGUGACCAUUUCAUCUCAAAUUUCAUAUCAUUUUUAGAGAUCUACUGUCCGGCUUUGGAAGCGCCAUUCCGGGGCCAGAUCACACCAGAAACCUGCACUGAUGACAGAGAAAAUAUUGAGCGCAACACACAAUGCACAUAUGGCUGUGUGGCUGGGCACAAUCUUGCCGGUGGUGAUCAGUUGUUGACCUGUCAGAUUGAUGGUUUGUGGCAGGGGACUGUACCUUACUGUAAACGUGAGUAACGUAAAAUAGAAAUAAAUUUAAAUUUAGCGAUGGGAAUAUCCACUAGGCGGCUCUUCUUGUCCACUGUUUGGAGAUCAAAUUGGAAUUUGAAAUGUUGUUUUUUUUGUGGAGGGAAAAAAACAAGAUGGCCAGCGGAAAAACCAUCGGAGCAAGGAUGAGAACCCGCAACAAAAUCAACUUACAUGUGACGCCAGGUCCGGGAGUCGAAUCCUGGUCACAAUCUUUGAGCGCGUGGGAAUUUUCAUCUAGUGUGUUAACAAACAAUUUAUUAUUUUGUGGAACGGUUUUAGAAGUGUCCAGAAGGUUAUUUGCUCAGUGGACAUGAUGCUGUAGACAUUUUCUUGUAUUCUUCUGGUAGAAAUAUUAAUUUUUAAGAACACGUGUAAGCUGCUUGGUAUAGAAAUUAGAAAUUUAAGCUAUGUUAUAACGAUUAAAUUUACUAUGAACAUACUAGGAUACUAUAAUACCGCUAUACGUAUAAUUCUGACAGACUUUAAGUUAAGCAGUUUCCACAAGCAGAGAUGAAGGGCUCAGAAAAGCCGUGUUUAUUUCAAGGUAUCGGAGUUAUGUUUGUGCUGGCGUGAGCUAAGGAGAGUUCAUUGCAUUGAGCUUUCGAGAAGAAAUGAUCCAUAAGUUGGAAAUUCUACGCUACCCUCAGGUCAAACAUCCUUGCUCUUGUUACAGACCACUACAGGUCCGAGAACGAUGGCCACACUUUAACUUUGUUGCAUUUGAUUCAUCGUAUUCAACACGGUAUACUUCACAUCCUCGAUAACGUCAUUUCUUUUUAACUCUUCUCAGCGGUUACCUGUCCAAAGUUGACUGUUCCAGACAAUGGUGGAGUUAUACCAGCUUCAUGUUCGAAAACAGACAUCGAGUAUGGAAUACGAUGUGUCUUUUACUGCGACGACGGCUAUGCGCUCAGCGGUCCAAGGUACACCACAUGUCAGGCUGACCAGUCAUGGAGUGAGUUAGCGUCGUUGUCUUGUGUCAGAGGUAAGAAACACUUCUAUCUUAUUGCUAAUGAAAAGGAAAAAAUGCAUCGAAAGGAGAAUCUGCAAAGAGAGUUUCAAUAGCUAAAUAGGAAAUAUUGUUUGGCAGUGGCAUAACCACGGUCCAAGGGGCUGCGCUCCAUCCACUUAUUCUCGGUGGAACUUAAGAAUGGCUUAUUGGUUUUGUGGAGGAAGAAAACCAGAGAAAGCGGGGUAAAAUCUUUAAGCAAAGGAAGAUGCCCACUCAGCCCAUGAAACGACGUAAAAUUCAGGAAUCAAGCCAGCGCUACAGCGGGCGGAGUCGAGCGCUUUCACUACAAAAGAUGCAAUUGCACCGACAUGUCGGCUGAUCCAAGUGCAGAAUUAGUGAUCGGCUGGAAUAGAUAGCUGGGUAAAAUAUUUUUUAACAUUGCAGCAUGCUUGCGGGCUUGCGGGCUUGGAAAUAGGGGCUUAUUGCCAUGCUAUUGUUGGUCAAUAGCAUGGUGAUGCAACCAUUAGUAACUCGCAGAUUGAGUCAUGAUGAUCCUCAAAUAUUUAAAUUCCUUCUUUGUGAUUGCAGUUUACACAGAUCCAUGGAUCGCCUGUCCAAUCGACAGAGUAGAAGAUCUUGAUCCAGACAAGUCCACCGUGGUGCUUGGGUUCAAAUGGCAGCUUCCACGAACCAACAUGAGAAAUGUGACAGUGUCGCCUAGCAAUUACGAUGAAAAUUAUCCAUUCCCUGUUGGCAGACAUACGGUCACGUGGAUAGGAACCAGUGAUAGUGGAGCACAAAAGAGUUGUACUUUCCAUAUCACAGUGAACGGUAGGUGGAUUAUAGAUUUUUAGAAAGAGUUUUAAAGAUUUCUGAGUCGUGUUUUUUUCAUUAAGGCACGAGAUUUAAACUUAAAGAGAGUAUCCGAAUAGUAAGUUUGUCAGUUUGAGUUAGAAUGGAAUUUUUACGACUAAAGAAAAAAGAUUUAAUCUGUCCUCAAAAUUUUUUUUUUUAAUCCUUCCUUGCCCACAAUUUUUUAAGGGUUUAUUCUAAGUUAUGCGAUCCGCUGUCUGAUCAAGAUAAAUAAAAACAGAAGAAGUUUGGAAACAGUGCUGAACGACUCUGUAAUUCACAAAAUCUCACAUACUCUUAAGAUGACACAGUUUAUAAUCUCUUGUAGAUGACAAACUCGAACAAAGGAAACUACAAUCUUCUUAAUAACACAUCAGGAUAAAAACCAAUCUACCUGAAGAAAAAAGUUAUUUUGCCUGUAGCGAUAUGAAAUUGGUUACGGGAGGCCAUCAUUAAAUUAUUUGUUAUUGGUAUUUUCUUUCCUCCUCAUUUUAGAUGUGACCCCACCUCAAGUCCAGAACUGUCCUGCAAGCAUCGUAGAGCGUUCCAACUCCCUGCAAAAAGAUAUCUUUUGGACAGAACCAACAUUCACUGACAACGUAGAGGUGGCCACCAUUCAGUCAAAUCGACAACCUGGCUUUUCUAUGCAGACUUACACAUCACUUACUGUACAAUAUACUGCUUCAGAUGCUGCAGGAAACACUGUGUAUUGUACCUUUAACAUCACAUUAGAAGGUAAGUUGCACUGUGUUCCUUUAAAGAACCUCUGAAGGUCAGAAUGAAGACGAAUAAUGGGCAAUAACUUCAAUUCAAAACAUAUUAAAAUUAAAACUUCAAUUCAUAUGAAAUUUUGGCAGAAUGGUCUUUCUCUUUUACAAUAAUUUAUAACAUUUUCAAAGGGGAAGUAUGAUCGUUUGUCUCCAGACAUGGUCACUUCGGAUGAGGAUCGUAACGUUUCGACUACAUAAUGCUGGUCUUCUUCAGGCCAUGAGGUCGAUUGAAUGCGCGUCACCUAUAUACUGUUGUGCUCGGCUGUGAUAAGACGGAAUCCCAUGCCUGGAGUCAGAUCUGAACUUUGUUUAGGGGUCGUUUAAGGAACACUUUAGACGAAAGAAAAAAAACCAAAAACACAACACCAAAAUUGGUCUUUCAUUUGAGAGGUUCCAAAAAUGAUGAUUUUGCAAAUAAUGGUAUUAUUGAAAAGCGAUGGCAAACUGCAUGGAGGCUGCUCUGGAAGGUUCAAGAAGAAUUAUUCCAUCUUGUCCAACGGGUGGAUCACAGUGCGCAACAUACACGGCAGACUGACUCGCACUGCUCACUACAAAGUGGCUGUCGGUUCCAGGUUCAGAGAAGACCUCAAUGAACGUUCUGACUAUCCGCUUGGUGCUCUUAAUGUAUUUUUUGCCUACACCAAAACGCAGGGGCAGGUUGUCCGAAGCCCGAUUCGCAUUUAUCCCAAGUUAAAUUGCCUUAUUUCGAAUUUGUACGUCAAGAAAAAUUGUUUUUAUCCACUUUCUAGCAACUAGUCUAGCAACUAUAUAUUAACUGACAACACUCCUCGUUUGAUUUUUUUAGGUACAACUUGUCCCACAAUUCCUAAUCCUAAAAAUGGGUUAGCUUCUAAGCUUGGAUUGUUCCUACAACUCAGAUGCAACACUGACUACUUCUUCAAUCCAUACCCACCUGGACUGCCCGGGCUAUUCCAGAAUCCUUUCUAUAGAUGUAUAGAUAACAAGUGGGUGUCACAGAAUGACUUUGUGUCUAUCCUACAUCAAGCUCCGGAUUGCAUGAGUAAGUUUGCAUAGUAUUUUAUAGUUUAAUGGCCGCCCCCUGUGAGGGAAAUGUAUUUCCUUAUAUAGAGCCAUCACGAGUCUUAAUUUCGCAGAUUGUCGACCACAUAAAAAUGUUGUACAAAAUCUUUUACCUUCGGUUGAAUGAAGAACACACUCUGCAUGCUAGCCAUGCGCAAUAUGUUUCGUAUAUUUCGUGUUUGCACCAGUUCAAAAUCUCAUCGAAAAGUAUCUGCCUUGCAGAUCUCCAUAUUCAUUUCAAUAAAAAAUUGAGAAAAUUUGAGAACCUUACGCUUUUUUAUUUGUCAAUGUUAAUGGCAACAAUUUCCGGUAAAGCUUUCAGUGAUCUCCCACAACGUUUUUUUAUUUUGCGAAAAAUUCGUAACACAAAGACUUGCUUCACGAUAUACGGCGGUUUUGCAUGAAAGGGCAAGAUUUAUCAGUGGAAUAAUUGUAUGCAUAGAAACAAUGAAUGGCUUUACAUUUAACUUCAGACAUAAGGGAUCCGUUAUGAUCAAAAAUAGUAUGUGAUAAGGCAAGAUUAUAUUCUCUUGCAUGAGGUAAAUCUUGGGAUCUAACGCCAGGGCAGAAUUUUAUUCUGUAACUAAACACUAACUGCAAUUAAAUAUUAUUAUACAUGAACUGAGCUUACUGGCGAGUUUUUUUAUGUUGUUAACAGAAUACGUGAAUUACGAACAAGGUAAAGCUUGUGGGGAUGGCACAAUAUUAUUGGACAAUGUUAUUUGCUGUAAGUAUUACCGCACAAUAAAUUAAAGUAAUCGCGUGAUUAUCCAAGUCAGUGUUCAGAGGACUCCAAAUAAAACUUUUUCUCAUUAGCUAAUUUAAAAUAAACGGUAAAAUACACUUUAUAUAAGCACUUUUUCCAAAUAACGAGUUCUUUUAUAUUUGGCAGUGAAUUGUCCGCCUGGGAGCUUCGGAGACAGCUCCACAAACACAUGCAAAGACUGUCACUUAGGAUAUUAUCAAGACGAGGAAGGCAAGCCCGAGUGUCAGCCAUGCCCCAAAAAUUACAGCACUGCCAUCACUGGAGCUAAGAAUAGAACAGAUUGUAGACGUAUGUUCAUAAGAAUUUACUAUUUUGCCUUUUAUUUUCCUAGUUUGUGCUAUGCGGUCAGGGACUUUAGGGACUCAGUUACUUUACGGACUUGACGCCAUACUUUGAAAUCUAAAUUGACGGAAUAGUAGGUAGCGCGAUUCUUAGCUCAAAAACCAGGGCCCAGUUGUAUAAAGGGUGGAUAACACUAUCUAACGGAUUAAUCGCUAUCUAGAGGAUAAGUGAUAGCAAAACGUUUAGUGUUAUCCACCGGAUAGAGAUUUAUCCAGUGAAAAGCGUUAUCCGAUCUUCGAACAACCGGGGCCAGGCCUUUCUAUAUUGUUCCCCGAUAUUUCUUAUGAUCAGAAUUUGAAACUGUUUAAAUGAUGAAAAUGAACUCGGCAAACAGAUACCAAUUUUUCGGCAAUGGCUCCAACUGGACUUUCAGGAAACGGACUCCAGGUCCGAGAAAUGAUUGAAUUGGACUUAAUUGAGGAGGAAAAUGAAGAUCAGGAGUAAUGAUGAUCAUAUCUUCUAUUCAUCAUCGAAAAAAUUAUAAUGGGAUAUUGGCGCGUAGCUAACCAUAAUUUGUCCUCUUGCGCAUGCCCAACGUUAAAACGUUGUGUUGAUUUGGUAGUCACGUGCACUUGAUAUAACAACACUGGUUCAUUUUACACACAGUUAAAAGUACCUUGGCGAGUAAUGGUUUAAGGUGGGGUCUGCGACAAAGACAUUAGUUACAGAGCUGUUCCUCUGAAGCGGUGAAGUUGAAUUUUACACCGUUCGAUUUUUUUACAGCUAUCUGCAGACCAGGUAGAUAUUCAACUAACAAUGGGGUUUGUCCGUGCAAGAGGUGUCCUUAUGGAACAUACCAGGAAAUUGAACAGAUGACAUACUGCAAAGCUUGCCCGAUGGGAACUAAUACAACAACAACUGGAAGGACUUCCAUCGAUGAUUGUGUGGGUGAGUAUUAGACAUGUAGAGAGAAUCAGUUUGGUAAACUUUCAUUCGACUUGCGCUAUCCUAUCCACUGUUAUAAUCCAUCCAAUAUUUUCGGUCUUGCACGAGCGUUUUGUGACUCAAUUUACCCCAGCUGAAACUGGGGAAUAUCUGGUGAUAUUCCUCUAAUGAUGAUACCAAUUUCAAAACUUUGCGUCCGAUGGGGGUGCCACAUUGGAGCGAUACGAAACAUUUACCUACUCGCUACAUUUAAGUAAUAAAAUGAUUUUUUUUUUAUAAAAAAAGGUCUCUUACAUUUGUUCACAGCCAAAGCUCAAAUCAUUGGUACAGUGCCCAGUUCAGACUUCUCCGUCAAGGAAAAUGAUACUAUUUCUAUUGUUUGUAAUGUCGAUGGCAGUCCAGCUCCCACUGCUACAUGGACUAAGACCACUGGUGAGUUUUGCUCUAUACUAACAACUACUUUUUAUCGUAUGGUUGGGGAAAAGAAAUUUUUAAGGGGGGGGGGUUGCAUUGUUUUAGGGGGAACGGUGCUAACAGAGUUUAAAGGGGGGGGGCCUUAGAAUAUUGACUGCCGAUGAGGGGGGACAGUCAGAUUUUAUCUUAUUUUAUUGUGGCAUAGCCAAAAUCCUUUCACCCCCCUCCCCCACAGCCAGGUGAUAAAUAAUGACCGCUCCUAAAUUUCAAAUCAUUUACACACCAUAUGAGACCUUAUGCUCUUCACAGUGAUGUUUGAGAAAUUUACGUUUAUUAUUGAACUUUAUUUUCAAAACAUAGUGCCUGUUUUUGGUAUCCUUACAAAAUUUAUUAAAUUUAUUAUUUCAUUUUUCGGCCAAGAAAAUGCAAUUUCAAAUUUGAAAAGAACACCAUGAAUUUUUAUUGUUAGGUGUGUGAUGGGAUAUUCUCGCAGUCAAACCAGAUAUGAAGGGUUGUAGACUGCAAUUUUUACGAUGAGUUGUCUCGACUUAAAACGCCGCAGUUAACAACUGAGCUUGUUCAUUGUUGCCAUGAACGUAGAAACUUUCCGAGAGAUAAAUAAUAGACGGUGUCCGACGGUAUUUUAAAAGCACAAGCUUAAUUUUCGGUCACAGUAUUUGUUGCAAAUAUCUCACUAAAACUCUCGUAAAUUUUGCCUUCGAUUGGUAGAAUUACACGCGUGAUGACUGAGAAGAAUUACAGCUUGGAAAUUUUUUAUGCCGAACAUAAUGCACAUUUUUUAUCAGAUGAAACUUAACAACGACAAGUAGGAGUAAAAGAAGCGGGUGCGCAAAAAAGAGCGUAAGCCUCGCAAAGAGAGAACGAAGGUGCCAUUUUCCUGGAAACCCUGUUUUUCGCUUAUUGUCUCUUUCAGUCGUGUUCGUUGUUCGCAACCCCGCAACAGGCUCGAUUUCAAAGAGAUUACAAAGAGGAAAAAUAGUGAUAAAAUUUGCCAAAGUUCUGUUAACAUGAAUAUCUUUCGUAUAGGUUCUCCGCCUUCAUCGGACCGCGUAACAGUGAAUUACAUCUAUGACUUGGAAGCGAAGCUUACUGGUGUUGAGUACGUCAUAACUGCAGCGAUUGCCUCUGAUGCGGGAACUUAUGAGUGCAGGGCUUCCAACAAACUUAACGUGGUUACCAAAACGAUCGCCGUGUCUGUUACAUCUGCGGCUUGAGUCAGUGACUGACAAGGUAUGAAAUUAAUCGUUAACAUAUUAACUCUCAAGAUCUGACUUAAAGUUUUACCAACUUUUUGCAAUCCAUUUAAUUUUAAAUCAGCUGUGAGAAUUUUUUGACAAGUUCUGGUUGAUAAGUUUCCAUAUUCUCAUGACUGGGCUGUUAAAUAAAGCAGUGACAUUGUGUGGAGAAGUUACCUUGCAAGCCAUACAAAGAGUUGUAAUAACAGUGAAAAAGUUUUUAUGUUCUCAACAAGCAGCAAAUGACACACUCAACUGACCAUUCAUGUUAUUAGAGUAUGAUAAAGGAGUGGGAGCUGCUGUUGCAAAUUUUUAAAAAAGCUGAAGAUUCUAGAGUAAGGCCUUCCUCUGAACCAAGUAAAAGAGAAAUCUCCACAGCUUUUGCUUCGACGAAAUGCCAGCGCUGAAAAAAUCACCACCAAACUGUACCUGCAUUUAUCAAUCUCUAGUUGAAAUAAUUGAGGUGUUGAACAUUGGACAACCUCGUACUGAGGUGUACCCGGUGGUGAACACGAAAAAUCUGGGAACGAGCUUAUCCAAAAUGGUGGAAACGGUUGGAGAAUAAGCGCAGGUGUUCCCUCACUUCGAGGGAACGAACGGGAAGCCACUGUUUUAAUGAAGUUUUAUCAAUGUCUAUUUACCAAUUCGUUAUUCAUAAAUUCGUGACAAUCAGAUCCCUUCCUGAAUCAUGCUUGUUGGCGUAAUUUUCUCAAUUUUUCGUUCUUGUUUCAGUUUAACCUCGACUCGAGGAGAAGAUAUUAAAGAGGAUCAAGUUACAGUUUAAGAUUAGAAAACAUGUUAUUUCACUAA